AUUUUUGCUUCGAAAUGCCUACUCUUAAUGGGUGUUUUUGGGGCAGACCACUUUACUUGAACUUUGCGUUGAAUGCGACGUAUUUUCCAACAGAGGACUACUAUGACUACAUUGUCGUGGGAGGAGGAACCGCAGGUUGUCCAUUAGCCGCCACCUUGUCGCAAACGUUUCGGGUUCUUGUUCUCGAAAGAGGAGGCGUUCCCUAUGGUAACCAAAAAUUGAUGAAUCAAGAAGGGUUCUUGACCGCACUAACUGAGGUCGACACCUACGACUGUCCUGCUCAGACCUUUACUUCCGAGGACGUCGUCCUAAAUGCCCGAGGACAGGUUCUUGGCGGCAGCAGUGCCAUCAAUGCCAGUUUCUAUAGCCGAGCUGAUCCAGAGUUUUAUGCGAGUUCGGGUGUAGAUUGGGAUCUCAGUUUGGUUAACCAAUCUUAUGAUUGGGUUGAGAAGGGAGCUGUGUUUAGGCCCGAGUUAAAGAACUGGCAAUCAGCUGUUAGGGAUGCUCUGCUUGAGGCAGGGAUCGAUCCUUACCAUGGGUUUAGUUUGGAACAUUUGGUUGGAACAAAGAUCGGUGGCUCCACUUUUGAUAGCUCGGGCAAGAGGCACAGGGCUGCUGAUUUUCUGAAUUAUGCAAAACCAGCUAAUAUUAAAGUAGCAAUUUAUGCAAGUGUGGAAAGGGUAUUACUGGCUUCUUCUUCAAAAGUGAUGUCUCGGCUGUCGGCGAUCGGGGUUGUGUUUCGCGAUGAAAUGGGAAGGUAUCACCACGCUAUGGUGAAGGAGAAAGGUGAGGUGCUAGUAUGUGCUGGAGCUAUUGGAAGUCCACAAUUAUUGCCGCUGAGUGGAAUUGGUCCUAGGCCUUACUUGUCUUCUUGAGGAAUUCCGGUUGUAUAUCACCAUCCAA